AUGCCCUAUAACAGCAAUCAAACACCGCCACAGAGAGUCAGGUUCGAGGCGGGCGCCAAAACCUACCCCUCACCCGAAUCAUCUUCUGAUGGUAAUGCGAACCGGAUACAGACAGAGAACGGCGAAUUCGCCUCUUCGCCAACUCUGCCACCACCACCGCCUCCGAAACCACCAAAGUCUGAGAGGACGACACAGAACGAGAUCGCCAAACUGCAGUCAUCCAUCAGAAAGGACCUGCAAGAACUGGAACAGAUCAAGCGCCGGCAAAUCUGGUAUCAAGAGCAGGAAUUGCAGCUUCUCCUGCGGCAAUCCGAGCAGCAGCUGCAUCAUCAGUCUGGGUCGCUUCCCAUUUCUCCACCGCCGAACGGGAACAGUGAAGGGUUUCUCCCUAUAUCAUCACAAAAACCCAGAGAGGUUUCAAAUAGCUCAAAACCUACGACAACGACUACUGAAAGGCAGGCGAGAUCCACGUCUAGGAAUCGUACGCUCGCUAGGAAACCAAGCUUAAAACUUGCCACAGAGCCUACACCGGCGGCAAAAGGCGCAGGCACGGGUGCGGGUACGGGUGAGAAGAAGGAUGAGGAGGAGCUGUUGCGUCAGCAAAUUCUGGGGCAUUGGAUGUCGCAUCGGACGCAUGCCCGUUAA